UUCCUGACCCAGGGAUCGAACCCACGUCUCCUGCACUGCGGGCAGUUUCUUUACCCUCUGAGCCCCCAGGGUAUCCCUAACAACCUUAGUGGAUCACUGAUCAAACAGAACAAAGUGUGAGUCUGCAGCAGCCUAGUCUGAGGGUAGACAUAAGGCAGAACUUCCCACGUGCAGUUCGUAAGCAUUGAGACAAGUAGGGGCCCUGGGGUCCUUGGAAAGCGCAGGCCAGCCAGAGGACCCUCGCUCCUUCUCGCUCUGGCCUUCCAGGGAAGCUUAGACGAAGCAGCUCUUCUUGCACCCAAUCAAGUCUCAGAAGCUAUUUGUUUUUUUAAAUAUGUUAAUCGUGGUACCAACGGCCUAUGGAAAUCUGGCCUUCGGGGGCAGAAAUGGCAUGCCUGGAGAUAAUCUUUAACCCGUUUCCUGUCUCCCCGCCCCGCCUCCCGGCUUCAUUAGGACUGCAGCCGGAGCCCGAGCGAGCGGGCAGCCGCCGGCGAGGCCAUGGCCAACACCGCGGUGCAGCUCCUGGGCUUCCUCCUCUGCUUCCUGGGCCUGGCGGGCACGCUCAUCACCACCGUCCUGCCGCACUGGCGCCGCACGGCGCACGUGGGCACCAACAUCCUGACGGCCGUGUCCUACCUGAAGGGGCUGUGGAUGGAGUGCGUGUGGCACAGCACGGGCAUCUACCAGUGCCAGAUCUACCGCUCGCUGCUGGCGCUGCCCCGCGACCUGCAGGCGGCACGCGCGCUCAUGGUGGUGUCCUGCCUGCUGUCGGGUGCCGCGUGCGCCAGCGCCGUGGUGGGCAUGCAGUGCACGCGCUGCGCCAAGGGCACCCCGGCCAAGACGGCGUGCGCCGCGCUGGGCGGCGCGCUCUUCCUGCUGUCCGGCCUGCUCUGCCUGGUGGCCGUCUCCUGGACCACCCACGACGUGGUGCAGAACUUCUACAACCCGCUGCUGCCCAGCGGCAUGAAGUUCGAGAUCGGGCAGGCCCUCUACCUCGGCUUCAUCGCCUCGGCCCUGUCGCUCAUCGGCGGCACGCUGCUCUGCCUGGCCUGCCAGGAGGAGGCACCCACCCGGGCCCCGCCUCGGGCCGUCGCGAACCGGGCCGGGGCCCCCGCGCCUGCCUACCGGCCCCCCGACGCCUACAAGGACAAUCGGGCCCCCUCGGCCAUCUCGGCCUCGCACAGCGGGUAUAGGCUGAACGACUAUGUGUGAGUCCCCCCAGCUGGGGGUUGGGGGUGGCCUGUCCUCCCCCUGAACCCCACCCUCCGUCGCCCGGAGCGCGCCCCGCAACCCCCGAGAGGCUGCGAGGACCGAGCCUGCCCACCGAUGGAUUCAAGGCCCACGUGCACCAGGUUUACUUCUGGACUGCUUUCCUGUCCAAAGGCAUCAGGCUGAAGGACUGUGUGUGAAUCCCGCCCUGGGGGGGGGCCUGUUUCCCCACCCACCGUCAUCUGGAGCGCCCCCCCUCUCCACCGCACUAGAGGCUGUGAGGACCUAGCCUGCCCACUGAUGGAUUCAAGACCCACGUGCACCAGUUUACUGCACCAGGUGAUACUGCACCAGCAUCAUCAGGCUGAAGGAAUAUGUGUGAGUCCCCCCGGGGAAGGGGGGAGACACCCCCCGGGGUCUGGAAUGCCCUCCCCCCAAGAGGCUGCAAGGACCUAGCCUGCCCACUGAUGGAUUCAAGGCCCACCCCGCCACCCCCCAGCACCUGGUUUACUUCUGGACUGCUCUGGUGUCCAAAGGCAUCAUGUGAACCUGAGGAAAGGGGCUUAGAACCGCAGCGAAAGAGGGAAAUAAGAAGAGGAGAAAAGCUCUCCAUACCAAAGGCUUAAAAGUAAUCCUUGCUAGUUUUGUAUUUAUUCUAUGUAUUUAUGUGGUGGUUUAAUGACAGCUGAAUAAAACAGUGACUUGGGA